AUGUAUACACGUAGCAUCCUCUCGGGCUUGCUGCUGGGCGCAUUGCCCUUCCAGACUUCGGCCCAAGAUGACCCACCAACAGACUGCACUGGUGUCAAUAGCAUCAGCCCAAAAUGCAGCAGUCAAGAAUCUGCAUACCAGCGAGACUUCUUCUACAUCGGUGGCGGCUACGUCGACUCCGGCAUUCCGGGCCAGCAGAUGUGGAGCGACCAGCUUUAUGUCGAAAAGCUGACUCCCGCCAGCAAAGUCAACAAGCCUUACCCGAUGGUCUUCGUCUCCGCGGGUGUCAACACGGGCGCAGAAUGGCUGAAUACGCCAGACAAUCGGAAAGGGUGGGCUUCCUACUACCUUGAUCAAGGCUACCAGGUCUACAUUGUUGACAUCGCUGCCAACGGCCGAAGUGGCCAACAGCUUCUCUCGAAGUACCCUUUACGCCUUGGAUCUACAGACAAAAUCAAUGAGCAGGGCUUCACAGCUCCGGAAAACUUCGACCAGUACCCACAGGCAAUUGUACAUACACAAUGGCCUGGCAACGGAUCUCGUGGACAUGCAGCUUUUGAUGCCUUCACUGCCGCCAACGUUCCCAUCUCUUCAUCGAACGUGAACGUGGAAAGCACUAUGCGCACAUCUGGAUGUCAGCUCCUCAGCAUGAUCGGCCAGUCAUACACCAUCUGCCACUCAGCUGGCUGUACGUACACGGCUAUCUGGUCGGACGCAUGCCCUGAUCUGCUGCGUGCCAACAUCAACAUUGAGCCUGGCAACAUCCCACAUACUUCUCUGAUCGGAAAUGCGACUGUUGCUGGCGUCGGUCGUACUGCCGCGCGGCCUUGUGGCCUCACAUACACACCGCUGCAAUUUGAUCCGCCAGUAACGAACUGCUCGACCAUUACUACAACUGAGGUCGGCCCAGAUGACCCUGCCAAGCGCUCCUGCAUUCUGCAGACUGACACCGUUCACAAGCUCACCCAACUCGGCAAAGUGCCCUACAUCAUGAUCACAGGUGAGGCCAGCCCGCACAUCACGUACGACCACUGCUUCAUCGAGUACUUCAAGCAGAUGGGCCUCACCAACUACCAGUGGAUCAAACUUGCCGACAUUGGUAUCAAGGGCAAUGGGCACUUCAUGUUCCUGGAGAAGAACAACCAGGAUAUCGCCGCGGCGAUCAACUAUGGUCUCGAGCAAAUGAACGAGAGCCCAGCUGCUCCAGCUCAUCCAGGCCUUCCCAUCUCUAUGAAAUGA